AUGACCGACAUCGUCAGCAUUAUUGAAAGAGUCAUUUCAGUGGGUCAGCAAAUCGCUGAGCGACUAGAAGCGCAUACAGAAGCCGCCGAGAGUCUCUUGAAGUUGGCGAACAUUUUGGGAAUGCUCAAAGAUAUGUUUGCCGACAUUGAUUAUUCCCAUGUUAAUAAAUCCUAUAUUGUUAGUAUCAAAGACACCCUUGAACGAACCCAGAAGGUUUAUAUGAAGUGUGCCGAGGACCUUGACAUAAAAGACAAAAAGUCUUUCUCUGGCAAGCUCAAGAAAGUCGCUGGAAUAUAUAAAGCCCCCAGUAUCCUAGCCGACAUUCAAAAGUCCAUUGUAGACGUUGAAAGACAUCUUAACAUCACAGAUAAGGCUUUAAAGGCCCUUGCCAAUACAAUUGAUGAAUUAGUGACAAGGCUUAAAAGCGACUGUCAACAGCUUCAAGAAAAGCUCGAACGUUGUACACUUUCCACUGAUUCCUUUACUCUUGAAAACUUAGGAAGUGAUAAUCCCGAGGCGAUUUCAUUUUGGAAGGAACGUUUCAGGUCUGCCGAGCUCAGUAUAUCAUCUGUUGCUCCAUACGAGAAUAUGUACGUCUCAUGGGCUCGGUUCGUUCACGAACUCGAGGUAACCUUUCAGCUAAAGAAUAUUCCAACCGCAAUCAUGAAGAAUGGUACCAUCGACGACUUUCGCCGGUAUGGUAACAGAUAUUACAUCAAUUCAACUGGGACGCGCAAUCUCAAAGACAUUCGACCACUUUGGAUUCCAUCCUUGCGAAAAGCAUUGGAUCCUCUCCAUAAAGGCUAUAUUAAACCACAUGAUUACUUGAGUUUCCUUGGAGAUGAUUCGUUGUCCAAAAAACUGAGGCAAGUCGUUCUCGAUAGCUGUGGAUACGGUAUUUUUGUUGAAUGCCAGCGAACAAGUGGUGAUAUCUCCCUUCCUUCUGAAAUAGAGAGUCCUGCCCACAGCGUUGGUUGGAUGUCCGCCUGUCAAAUCGUCUCGGUGCCAACAUCGACGGAACUUGGCAUAUUCAUAUACGAAAAGAACGCCCAGCAACGUUUUAACAACCUUAUUGAAGACAUCACUUAUCCUAAAAAUGACAUCUGGGUGCAUGUCCGCUACCUCCAAACCGGCCAAAUCGAGAAAAAACUUAUUUCAAAGAACGUACGAAUAAUUGGUGGGCUUCGUAUCGGAACCUCAAUUGCUAUCUUGGAAACCUUGGAAAAUGGUUUAAGUGCUUGGAGUGACAGCCAUUUAAUCGUGGAGCUUAAAGCUUGUUUUGGUGGACGAUAUAUUGUGACCGCUGGAUCAGGAGAAAAUGUUCUUGUGUUUAAGACAAAGCCGCAAACCGGCUUUGAUGAUCGUGUGAUACAGAAUAAUCAACUCGAUAACUUUGCCGAUAUUCCAGAAUUUGAUUAUUGUAUUUUGGGGCCCUCGACGGUUUUUACUCAGGAACCUAAAGUUGGUGAGAAGAUCCAGAUCAAUGUGGACGGGUUGUGGCAUGAUGUCAAAGUUACGGCGGUUAAUGGUAAAUUUGUAAAGCAUGUUGGUUGGUCUCCGACUUCUGACCCAAAGAGCUCAACUGAAAAAGAAGGCGUUGAAAAUGAUGAAGAUACUGAAAAAUAUGAUGGUUAUUAUCUCACAGAAGACGAACUAUAUGCACAACAAAAAAAUCCUGAUAGAUGUUGGUGUCCGUGGACGGAUGGAGUAUCGAGUUCGGAUAUCAGGCCUUAUCGUUGCCUUCACGUUGGUGAUCUUGUUGAAGCACCCGUCAUAUACCCAGACUAUCUCUUCCGUUACCAUGGCCUCGAAGAAUCGCAGCUUUAUCUCCCAGCUCGUAUUAUUGAUGUUCAAGACGAUCAGUAUCUGGUCAAGUUCAGCCCUGCUGUUAGUGCUUACACUUGGUGGCCUGGUAAUACUUCAAGUGACAACGAAUUUCCACGCGAACCAGGUUCUAAGGAGACUGUUAAGAAUCCAUUUAAUGGCGUACAAGUUACCAUGAGUAUGGAUCGGGUUCGCCCUUACACCGCUGGACCACACCCUGUUUUGGGUACGCAGUCAAUAAGGCCACAUAGUUGGUCAACGUUUCAGGGCGUCCAAUUCACAGACUUGCAACAAAUCGAUGAAAAUAUUCUGUGGAAAUGA